UGCCUCUCAAACCCUCUCCUCUCCAGUCCGACUGAUCCGCGUCUGAAGCGCGUCGCGCCGGCUGAACCAGAUCUCCACUGCGGUGUUUGACUCUCUCCCCUAUCGGAUCUAUUCUGGCAUAGAUGGAUAUCCAAUGGUGAGCCAAAGAGGUACUACUGGGAGGCUGAAACUAAAGAAAAAAGAGAACAACUCCAACUCAUCGAAACCUCUAAUGCCUUUGCUGACUCUGAGCUCAUGUUGUGUCCUUGCUGGGAUAAAGAAGUGGCCUGGCCAAAGAGCACAGAGUUUGUAUACCUGUUAGAGCUCACCCAGGAUGUCGUGGGCCAGAAACCUCUUUGUAGGCAGAGAGGAUGAGCAAAAGAAGGCAUGGGGAGAGCGCAAUGGCAAGAAGAGGAAGGACAGCUCUUCACUAUGCAACCCACGUUACAUUAGCUGCCUGAGGGAUCCAGAAGAUUCAGAGAUCCCUAAUGUGGCCCCUCAGUAUUACCAGUGUGAGGCAGGUGCAAGUGGGGGCAACUUUGGCCUGCGCUGUGGCUGGCAGGAGGACCACUAUGGGAAAAGGGUGAUCGGAGUAGAAAAUCCUGCCUUGGAGGAUGGUGAACUGAAGGACAAGAUAGAAGAAGAAGCAGGGGAAUUAGCAGGGAGAAGGUGUAAGAAAAUGACUGCUGCAGACUGCUGGAGAUGGCUUCUCUGGGUUUUUCAAUCCAAAAAGUUUCAGUCUGCCAAGCUGGAGCGCCUAUAUCAGCGCUAUUUCUUCAGACUUAACCAGAGUUCUCUAACUAUGCUAAUGGGGGUGCUGGUGGUGGUGUGCGGAAUCCAGAUUGCCUUCCACUGUGUCCACACUGACCUUAGUGUGGCCUACAUCUCAGUGCUUUCUGUGGCCACGGCUCUCUUCCUGGCCUUGAUGGUCGUGUGCAACCGUAACGGCUUCCACCAGGACUACAUGUGGAUUGUGAGCUACCUGGUGAUCGGGAUUCUGAUUGUCCUGCAGGUUUUCGGGGUUCUGAUGGUUUUCCCCCGCAGUGCCUCAGAGGGCAUUUGGUGGACGGUGUUCUUCAUCUAUAUCAUCUACACUCUGCUGCCUGUCAGAAUGAGAGCUGCUGUUCUUAGUGGAACUGUCCUGUCCACUAUACAUGUUGUCACUGCCUGGCAACUCAACAAAGAGGACAAGUUCAUUUUCAAACAGAUUGGUGCCAAUGUGCUGAUCUUCCUGUGCACUAACAUCAUUGGAAUUUGUACACACUACCCUGCUGAGGUCUCGCAGAGACAGGCCUUCCAGGAGACGAGAGGAUGUAUUCAGGCCAGACUGCACCUCAAGAGGGAGAAUGUGCAGCAGGAACGUUUGCUGCUAUCAGUUUUGCCGAGGCACGUUGCAAUGGAGAUGAAGGAAGAUAUCAACGCAAAGAAGGAAGACAUGAUGUUUCACAAGAUCUACAUCCAGAAACAUGAUAAUGUGAGCAUUCUGUUUGCCGACAUCGAGGGCUUCACUAGCCUGGCAUCUCAGUGCACAGCGCAGGAGCUGGUCAUGACGCUGAAUGAGCUGUUUGCCCGCUUUGACAAGCUGGCUUCGGAGAACCACUGCCUGCGCAUAAAAAUCCUUGGAGACUGUUACUACUGUGUUUCAGGGCUGCCCGAGCCCAGGGCUGAUCAUGCCCACUGUUGUGUAGAGAUGGGAGUAGACAUGAUCGAAGCCAUCUCGCUGGUAAGAGAAGUGACAGGUGUUAAUGUGAACAUGCGGGUGGGCAUUCACAGUGGACGAGUUCACUGUGGGGUGCUGGGCCUGCGCAAGUGGCAGUUUGAUGUCUGGUCCAAUGAUGUGACGCUCGCCAACCAAAUGGAGGCCGGGGGGAAAGCAGGACGCAUUCAUAUUACCAAAGCCACUUUGCAGUACCUUAACGGGGAUUAUGAGGUAGAGCCAGGACAUGGAGGGGAGAGGAACGCUUACCUGAAGGAAAACAACAUUGAAACCUUCUUGGUGCUCGGCUGCAGCCAAAAAAGAAAAGAAGAGAAAGCCAUGAUGGCCAAAAUGCAACGAACACGUGCAAAUUCUGCAGAGGGACAGUUGCCUCAUUGGGUGUCUGAUAGAGCUUUCUCCAGAAGCAAGGAAUCCAAAGUCUACAAGAAAAUGGGCAUUGAUGCAGCAUCAAGCAAAGAAAACCGCUGUACUCAGGAAACUCUGAACCCUGAGGAUGAGGUGGAUGACUUCCUUGGACGAGCCAUUGAUGCACGAAGCAUUGACCAGCUGAGGAAAGAUCACGUUAAAAGGUUUCUGCUCACAUUUCAGACAGCUGAACUAGAGAAAAAGUACUCAAAAAAAGUUGAUGAUCGUCUUGGGAGCUACGUGGCCUGUACCCUCCUUGUGUUCCUUUGCAUCUGUUUCAUUCAGAUGAUAAUUUUUCCAAAAACAACACUUAUGCUUGGUCUUUACUUUAGCAUCCUCAUCGUACUUGCCAGCAUCCUCUUCGUCUGUGCCAUCUAUUCCUGCCUCAAAUGCUUCCCAGCUGCCUUACAGACACUCACCAAGAAAAUAAUCCAGUCUCGGACAAACAGUACGCUGGUGGCCGCCUUCACCAUCCUCCUCCUCUUCAUCUCUUCUUUUGCUAAUAUGUUUACCUGCAGUAGAGAGAAACUGCAGGAUUGUGUAUCAAAAGAACUGAACACAACAAUGACUGUCUGCCUGCUGCACAACCUCACCAGAACAGCAGAGGAUGGUCUGACUCUGUGCUCCACUCAGGCAAUGCAGUGCCAUUUCCCUGAGUACUUCGGCUACAGCGUACUGCUGGCCCUGCUGGCCUGCUCUGUGUUCCUGCACAUCAGCAGCAUCGGGAAGCUGGCUCUGAUGCUGCUCAUCCAGCUUAUUUUCCUCCUGCUGGUGGAGUGGCCUCAGGCGACCCUGUUUGACAACGCUGACCUCCUGGUCGUUGCCAACACUCUGCAAUUACCACCUGUUAACGAUUCCCUGCAACAAUCUGGUUUCAAUGAAACAGCAGAACACUGCCUGGAGAAUGUUCCCAAGGUGCCCCUGAGGGUCAUGAUCCCGAUAAUCCUUUUGGUUUUUGUUCUGGCUCUCUAUUUGCACGGGCAACAGGUGGAGUCUACUGCACGUCUCGAUUUCCUCUGGAAGCUGCAGGCCACAGAUGAAAAGGAGGAGAUGGAAGAGUUGCAGGCGUAUAACCGGCGCCUGCUGCACAACAUCCUACCCAAGGACGUGGCUGCCCACUUUCUGGCAAGGGAGCGACGGAAUGAUGAGUUGUACUAUCAGUCGUGUGAGUGCGUUGCUGUUAUGUUUGCCUCUAUCAGCAACUUCUCUGAGUUUUACGUGGAGUUAGAAGCAAACAACGAGGGGGUGGAGUGUCUCCGGCUGCUUAACGAGAUCAUCGCCGACUUUGACGAGAUAAUCAGUGAAGAAAGGUUCCGACAGCUGGAGAAAAUCAAAACCAUUGGCUCCACCUACAUGGCAGCCUCUGGGCUCAAUGACACCACCUACGACAGAGAGGGCCGUUCACACAUCCUGGCUCUGGCUGACUAUGCCAUGAGGCUUAGAGAGCAAAUGAAGUACAUCAAUGAGCAUUCCUUCAAUAACUUCCAGAUGAAGAUAGGGUUGAACAUGGGGCCAGUUGUGGCCGGUGUGAUUGGAGCCAGGAAACCCCAGUAUGACAUCUGGGGAAACACUGUCAAUGUGGCCAGCCGAAUGGACAGCACAGGAGUACCGGACUUCAUCCAGGUGACCACAGACUUGUACCAUGUGCUGGCCAACAACGGAUACCAGCUGGACUGCCGAGGUGUCGUCAAGGUGAAAGGGAAGGGCGAGAUGACCACUUACUUCCUCACCAGUGGUCCCCCAGGCAGUUAACAACAGAGGCAGCCGGUGACACACGGUGACUCCCACUGUGCUGAAACUGCAGAGAGACUGAGAGCUCAGCUCGGCGGUGAGCAGUGGGGACAGGACACGGUCAUCGGAGAGACUAAUCUCAGAUUGAGAGCUUUGUCCUGAGAUGCCCGAUAGAGGAUGAAUUCCAGAUGCCUUAGAAAGGAAGCAGCUCUGCUGGUGUUUAGCAAUAGUACCUGUCUACCAUCUGAAGUUAAUAUUUAUUUGCAGAGAAACUAAGUAAUCUUUCUUAAAAGAAAAUAUGCAAGGACAACAUGAAGGAGAAUAACCAAAGAACAAAUCUCUGAUGAUUCCGUUCAACACUAUAAUAAAUGACAUAAGCUAUAUUGUUCCUCUUUUAAAGAGGGUAAAGGCUGUGUUAACUUCUCCAAACUCUUCUUAGCAAAGGAGAACACAAACGCACAGAUAUGGAGAAGAAACACAAACUGUAACAUUGGCUCCAACCUUUGAGUUUCUUUUCAGGGCUUUCUUCAUUCCCUCAAGCCUGCUAUUUGACACAAGGCUGUUUGUGUUCCACUGAGCCCUCAGAGGCAGCAGGCGAAAGGAAGAAAACUGAGGAGAAACGGUUUGCGUUACAGAAGAAGCUCUGAAGAUGGAUCCUAAAACACUAAAAGCAUUUUUCUCAAGUUGAGUACGAGUCCUGUGUGUACGAGUGUUAGCUCAAGCGUAAUUUGUAAAGGGGCAAGCAUAAAACUUUUCACUGUGAGAUUUCUAAGAUACUGUACGACGACGCUUUCUUGCCAAACUGGUUGCCGCAAGACAUGUUUAUUUUUUCAUUGUUUUUUUCCACCGUAGUUUGUGCCAUUCCUAAUUUUUUUUGUGUGUGUGUCAAAAUCUUUUGAAGAUGAUUAUGUCCCACUGCGCCUUUGCCAGACUGUGAUUUAUGACUGAUUUCAUUCCAAAUGAAAUAAGCUUGUUGUCUUUUUGAGGACUGUUAAAAGUAAAAUGAUUUCUAUAGAACUUCAGGAAUUAUUUGUACGCAGAAGUUUGCCUUCUUCUGUAUUGCCUUGAAAAUCCUCAGCACUAAUGUCCGCAUACUUCAUGGCUGAAUAUUCACCUCUGUACAAGGCAGUAUUUGACACUAACGUUUAGUAUAAGCGCCCUAAAAAGAAGUGUUGUUGAAUACAAUAAUCAAAUGAAUGUAUGCAAUGAUGUAGAUUUUUGUCUACAGCUAGUAGAUUCUCAUACUAGAAACCCAACAGUUUAGAUGAUAUAUUUUAUAUUUUUUAAUGCUUUAUACUCUGUUGACAUGUUUCUGGAGGCAUCAAAAGGAAGGAAAACAUCACAUUCACUUGUUGCUCUCUGUCCCUAAUGAAAAUUCAAGUAAACAUUGUCUCAUCCUCUACUAGUGCAAUUACAAAUAGAGUUGGUUUUCCCUAGAAUAAGAA